UUCAUUCAUGACCAAUGAGCGCGGUAUGGCUCUCAAUCAGAAACAGAGCCGAGCGCGGACUUCCGUGUUCUGGUAACAGGAAAGUUUGAAUGAGAGGAAUGUGCUAGCCUCUGCUCGUUUGAAAUUUCGGCCAUCUGCUCCUGCUCUUCUGCCAUCGCCCUCACCGCGCCAGUGGGAUUGCACGUAUGCGAUACUAAUUGUGGCCCAAGUAGAAAUUCAGAUUUCAGGUGAAACUUGGAAUAUUGAGAGUAAGAAAAUGUCAAAGAGCGUUUUUCCGCAGGAUCUGUCGCAUUCUGUCUUGUCAUUCCUCGCACUAAAUUCUAGCUGAUUGUUGCCGAAAUUUUCAGUACAGAUGUACCAUGUGCAUACGAAUCCAUCUCCUUGCUCGUCAAUCUUAAAUAUCGGCGUUUAUAGCUUCGACUGGCACUUGUUUUUCAGAAUGUACGACGGUGGGAACUUGAUGAGCUACACAACUUGACUCCAUGAGCUUCAGAGAUUCCCAGGAGGAUGUAGUCAUGGACGACCAAGCGGACGCGGAGGACACAUCGGGAACACUGUCUUUUUCACUAUUACUUGACAAGUCUCUUCCGUCACUGGUAGUAAUAGCAGCAUGGAAUCCUGGAAAGGAUUUGCUGGCUAUGGUUACCAUGGAUCAUCAACUGAUCGUGCACCGAUUGAAUUGGCAGAGACUUUGGGCUAUAUCACCAGAUCUAACCGUCACGUCAAUCUGCUGGCGGCCGGAUGGGAAAGCGCUUGCUGUGGGUCACAUCAAUGGUAGCAUUGCUAUUCACGAUGUCGAGAACGGUGAUGUUCUACGCAAAACAGGGACACAUCAGGUGGCCGUGGAGUGCUUGUACUGGGCUGAGGAAGGCCAGAAUAUCACGGAUAACGAAGACGAAAUAUUUCUCUAUGAAGAUCGCACUCCUCGGUUCUUCCCUCCCCCACCUAAACCUCCUUCCAUGCCCGGCACUGCCCCAUCCUUUGACAUGUCAUCUGUUCUCGGAUCCGCCAUGGAAGACCUCGGAGGCGGCAGUUUGAAAGGGGCAACUCAAGAUGUGAAGCAUGGUUUAGAUGUACUUUGCAGUGGAGAUAAAGAUGGCGUUAUAUGCUUGAGUGCGUUCGGUGUGUUUCCAAUCGGAAAACUGGACGUGAGAGAACUUGUAGUCAACGAGAUGGCAUCCGGCACCAAAGGCGAUGAAAAGUCAUCAGAGCAACUGUUAAAUGCUUCUGCAUUUCAGGUAUCUCUGUCAUCUGAUCUUCGACAUAUGACAGUUGUCUGUACGGGUACUAGUACGGUUGAUGGCCGUACUCGAAGCACGAGUUCAGGAAAUUAUUGCCUCUCGGUGAACACUGCAAUCCUUGGAGACAGGAGAAAGGAGCUUCGUCAAGUUGCCCUACAAGCUUCUAGUAUUGAGGAGCUCAUCGACGUUCUUCAGACGUCCCUAUCCGUGAUGGAGAAGCAAUGGUCGGAGGCAAUCACAGCUGUGUAUGAGAAAUUUAAUGGCUUUACGCAGUUACUUCGUGAACAUGGAUCCAAUGUUAGUCCACAGGACGAGUUACUUGGUCUUCUAACAUGCGGAUAUGCGAGUCCAGCCCUCCAUCAGUUUCUCGCUGCGUCUGUGGGGGAAGGGGGUUUGAAGCGACUUGCGAAGAGCAUAGAUACCGCUUCUAAAGAGCUGUACAGUGUUCUCUCUGAACACAUGCAGCCAGCAGCAGAAAUCAUUGCGUUCAGGUUAGGGGAGCUGCGAGGUCUAGCUCGAUGGCACGCACGUCUUGCCUGCGUUGGUCUCGAGGAAUCUUUGAUGGAUCGAGCUUUAGAGCAUGCUGGUAUGCUAUUAGUACAACUGGAACGUCUUCUGCGCAUUGUUUCAGAAACCACAGGAGGGUUUCGCCUGUUCUUUGUUUGGCUCCUGAAGGCACUUCGGCAACUUAAUAGAGAAACAUUGUCACAAGCAGAAACACUGCCAAAUGUUGACAGUAUGGCGGUAGCAAACUUUCUGCAGACAGACUUUGAGAAAGAUCCAAUUGGCUUACAUCUCAGCAACUCUGUAAAUGUGAUAGUGGACGUUCCAAAAGAAAUUGAAGAGCUGAUGGACGAGGUUGCUGCCAUGGGUGGAUUUAAAGAUUCCAAGUUUUUACAACGUACCCUGGCGCAAGAGAUUGACCUGCUUACCAUCUGUUGCCAUGAAGCGUUUGCCAUGCCUCUAAAGGUUGUGUCUCCACAAUUGGGUUCACCAUGCAUGAUACUUUUAUGCAACACAGCGAUAUCCCCUAUAGCGAGAAUACCUGUGUCUUCGACCUACUUCGAGAUAAAGCAAGACGACGGUGUUCUUGCAGUUGAGCAAGAUGACGAGUUGCUUGUGAGUCAAUAUAUCUGCUUCCGGGUAAACGAUAAUGGUUCACCGGAUGACCCAAGCGUCGUAGGGAUCUUACGUGGAUUCGGACCAAAUCACGGAAGUCAAGAUAAGAGGAUAUUUCGUGAAGCAGUUUCAUUUCAGCUGGACUCCAGUUUACGAUGUAACGACAUCGCACUCUAUAAGCAACGACAACUGGUGCUGUUGGUCACGGAACGAGAUCUCGAAACCGGAGACUGGACAGGACAAACAUGGAUCAUGCUGUUGCAGUUGGAUGAUCUUCCUUUCCACAUACUGGAAACACCCGAGUCGGGUGCCAAUCUGGACCUAUUGCACCUUUGCUCUUCUAAGGGAUCUCCAUCUGAUAUAAGCUUAAGACAUGGAAAAGUACGAGCACUUCCGCAGUCAGAUGUUGUGAUGCCAUUAGCUGUCAGCGCAUCGAGAGGACUCGCAUGUGUGUUCACAAGUCAAAGGCGCGUAUUCCUUUAUGACCUCGAGGAAGAUGAGGAAGCCAAGGAUGAAGACAUGGAGUGAAUAAUUAUCGAGUAAAAGCUUUUCGCUUUCAUUGCCGCAAUCGAUUUAUACUUGGGAUCCUCAUUGUCGGCCUUUUUGAGGACAUACAUGGACCUGAACUAGUUAUCCACCGAAUGAUCAUGAAUAUGCUCUAGCGGUGUAUGAAAACUCCAAACUAUGAAGCAGAGGGAGAGCUUGGUGUCGUCAUAGGUCGAUGUUGUCUAUAGCAGUCAGAUAUGUAGCUGGACUUAGUACUAGCUUGAGGCGCAUAUCUGGCAGGGACAAAAAUAUGAGCAUAGGAGUGCUCAAAUGGUUAAGACAGCAAAACACAGGAACUUUGACAUGCGAAAUUUGAGAUAGUUUCUUGGUCGUUCAGCGGGUCGUAAAUGACGGAUCACUGUUGAAGUUUCUUGCUGUAGCCGGUGAUGAAGGAAGCAGUGAUUUUAGUUUAUUUCUGCAUCUGUGCUUUGCGCAGACGGUGACGCUGUAUCAACACAAUUAUACCCUCAAGGGAUGAAAAAUAAUUCAUUAAAUCAGCUGAGUUUUUU